AUGGAUAGCAAAAGCAAGGUCAACAACCACAAAGUUGAGGAUGUAUCGAACGUUGAUAACCUAAAGAACAUCGAUGAUAUCAAAGUUGUUAGUGGCCAUGUGGAAAAUGUGGACAACGACAUCAACCAAACAGAUUAUAUCCCGCCAGUUUAUGAUUAUAACUUUUUUAAUAAAAAUCCUGCCAGUUUCGAUUGCAUCAGGAAGGCAACGAUUAAAAAAUUUAAAAAGUACAAGGUCAAUACGAGUAAAGCAGGACUCUUCAUGCAAGUGAUGUUGAAACGAACAGCAAGAAAGUGCAACAGUUGGGUCAUGUAUUACGACAUAGCGGUUGAUCCUACCUUGAUACCAGUGGACCAACCUACCACAAAAAAGUCGUCUCGUCAACGAACACGCUCACUCGACAGUGUAGAAGUUGAUGUGCUAGCUGCAAGAAAGUUUCAUAAAAGAUCAUUUUUAAAGAGAUCAUCAUCAGUUGUUCUUCGCUCUUAA